AUGUCAAAAAAGGUUGUUGAUGAAAAAGGUAAAUCAAAAGAGGUUGUUGAUGAAAAAGGUAAAUCAAAAGAGGUUGUUGAUGAAAAAGGUAAAUCAAAAGAGGUUGUUGAUAAAAAAAGUAAUUCAAAAGAUAUUGAUGAAAAAGGUAAUUCAAAGGAA